AUGUGGCAAAGCGAAAACAUGCACUUAGAUGUGGCUAUACAACAUCUAGACGCAUUCAUAAGUUUGCUCUAUAAUUACCGAGAAAAUGGUUUUCAGUCAUCCUUAGUAAUAGCGAGAGAAAUAGCCGAGGAAAAUGAUAUUGACAGACAGUUUAAAGAAGUCAGAAGACGACGUAAAAAAAGACAUUUUGAUUAUGAAGGGGAAGAUGAAGCUCUUGAAUUGAAUGCGGAAGAAAUUUUCAAAAUUAACUAUUUUUAUGCCAUUGUCGACAAUGCGCGCGCAAGCUGCCAUCCUAGGCUUGAGACUCUUAAACAUCAUGAGAGCAUAUUUGGUUUCAUGUAUAAUAUAAAAAGAUUAAAGGAAAUUAGUGAUAGUGAACUUUGA